AGAGAGUGGAUCUUCCCUUGCUCUGCGAGCCCUAGGCUGGGGUUCUCUUUAUGCCUGGUGUGGGGUCGGCGUGAUCAGCUUUGCAGUCUGGAAAGCUUUAGGAGUUCACAGCGACUCAGGGAUCCCCGUGGAAGAGGAGGUGGAAAGAGUGUAAAAGCCAGAAGGACGGGGGACACCAGGAGAACAAGGCCCCCUGAAUCAACAUGAUUGGCAGAGACUGAGGCAGCAUGCACAGGACCUGCACGGGGCCCUAGAGCUGAAAGGAGAAGUGGACACAUGCCCCAUCCCUGACCCAGAAGCAAUCUCCAGUUGACAACUACUUGCAAAUGAAAAUUUAGUUUCCUCCAAGGGAGUCACUGGGAAACACACUACUCUUAAGGGUAGGCUGCAUGCCCAGCAGUAGAUGGCCAACAGAGAAGGAACUCCAUGGCAUCUUUGGAGGUUCCUUGUCUCUGUGUCAGGUCAGGGCUUUUCCAUUUUUUGAAUAUUCUUUAUUUUUAUUUAUGUGUAUUUUUUCUUAUCUCCUUUACCCUACUAGUACUUUGCAUGUGUAUUAUGACUUCCAGUUUAGUGUUUUUAUGCGAUUCCUGAAUGUGCAAAUGAGUGGGUCUGUUUCUUGUGCCUCCCCUUAGGCUCUUUUCCCUCUAUUUGUUUUGUCCAACUUCAGUGUGGCGAUAGCUUUUGUUUUAUCCGUUUAUUUUAUUACUAUCCCUUAGCCUGUCUGUUUUCUAGUGAGAGACAGAAAGGGAGUAGAUGCUCAUAGGAGGGGAGGUAGGGAGGAACUGGGAGGAGUAGAGGGAGAGGAAACCAUAAUCAGGAUAUAUUACAUAAGGAGAAAAAGUAUUUUCAAUAAAAGAAAAAAUAAGAGUCAUCAUAAGAAAUCAAUCUAAAUUUUCAUAGACCAACAAAAAGUAGGUUAUUAUACUCCUGAGGAUUUGGCUUUAUGGGCUAGACUGUGCUAUUUUCGUUUGUAGAACAUGACCAACUUUGUUUUAUGAUGCCAAUAAGAGGAUUAUUGCCUAAGGAAUAUUGAGGGAGAAAAAAUGUUUUCUAGUUAGCAUCACUGAAUGUGCAAACACGUGGACUCUGACACUGCGUCUUAAUGUCCUAAGGGAAAGAGACUGCCAGCGGCCUCUCUCCCACUGGCCCUGGGCUCAUCUGUUCCAUCGGCUCGUCAGAGUUCCUCUCCGAAGACUGAACCCUCUGUCUGUACAAGGGCCUGUUUUACAGGGCCAGAGUGUCCGUUAAUCUCUGUUAUUCCUCCAGAACUCAUUUGUGGGGCUACCCUGAGCUGGCUGCACAGGACUGCCCUAGCAAAGGGCACAACCCUGGGCCAGGCUCCUAGAAAACAGUGAGAGGUUCCCUGCAUGACAGUUUUGAGUGAAGGCAGGAGGCUGGCCUGAGACUGGUGGUGAGCUUGGAUAUUUGUGUCUAGCCCCAUUUGGGGAAGCCAUUUUUCUACCACUUAAGAUGACAAUCUCAGUAGAUGAUGAGCAGAAUAACCCAGGCCUCUGCACGCAGUAUGUAGGUGAGGUGGUCAUUCUAGUUAAAAGCUGGUAAAUCACAACCAACUGCACUGCCAUGGAAUUGCCACUAGUGCCCUUGAAUUGUGCUCUCUGCUGUGGACCCAGUUCCUCUUGCCCGCCAUCUGGCGGCCGAUUGUGGGCAGCUUUGCCUGAAGCUCUUGCAUUUCCUGUUUUAACUCACAGCUCCCUCUGCUGGCCUGAGAGACGACAUGUUUAAAUUGCUCUAAUUAAAACUCCCGUGUCCUAAAAUACCUUUGCUUUACUUUAUUUACCCAUAGUUAUUAUGAAAUUUCAUUACACAGGGAACUCAUAUAGUACCUCCGGUGUAAAAAUACAUUUAUAUCUCAUAUAGUGGUGCAGAAUUUAAUCAGAGAUUCCCCAAAACAACAGCUUUUGCAUUAGCUGUCCAAAGCACUGACCUUGCCCAAGGUUAAAGGUGAGGCCCUUGGAAACCACUCCAAGUUCAGCACCCAUGUCCUGUUUGGUACUGAGUCAGCAAGUACAGCUUGAUUGCUCUAUGUGAAUUCAUUGAUCAUUUGAGUAUUAAUGAAGCAAUAUUUCAUCUCAGUAGUUUUACCAUGGGGAGGAGGAAACGCAAAUACCUUUCCUGUAGGUUCCUGGCCACCUGGCUAAACCAGCUGUGCACGUGGCCAUCCAGCCGCUGAGCACACUGGGGUGGUGUGAGUCGAUUGUUAGCGGGGCAGGUGGCUUAGCAAAUAGUUGAGACAAUGCAAUAUUAAGCGGUAGUUUCCUGUUUGUGGAAGAAAGCAGACUUCCAUUUACUUAUUGGCAUGUUCCUCAUGCAUUGACUUGUUAACUUUGUCAUUCGUCUCCUUUUAUGAUUUAGUAGGUAUUAAUUGGUGGUCAGAGGAUUUCUGGAGAGGGUUAGCUUACUCAUAACUAGACUACACUGUCCUUGUUUUUCCUUAGAAGGUGACGUGUUAGCUGGCCCACUAUUUCUUGGUUAUUGCAGUUGUAACUUUAUGGAAGCGGCUGGGCAUGUGCUCUGCCUGUGGCCCUGUGCUGGGCGCUGUCAUCUCAGAGGCCUGGCAGUCACCAUUUGUCGGCAUUACCGAAUGUGAGACUAUGUAGACUCUUCUAUAUCGUAUCUUCCGUCAUGCUGAAAGGCUAAUGGAGAUGCUCCACCCAGGCCAGAGGUCUUGGGCUCGAUGUUUCUGCUCUUCUGAGAAACUGGCUUCUCUCAUGGCUUGUGUGGAUUGUGUUCAUGAUGCCUGGUGGGGUAGAAUUUAUAGUUUACAGCUGUUGCCUUUAUAGGAGCUAAAACAUCAAUUGUAAUAAAAAACCAGGAAUGAAAAUGUUCUCUGCUGAGGCAAAUUAAAUUAUUUCGGAUUUUAUUUUAAAUUAAUGAAUAAAUGGAGAUAUAACUUUAUUACCUUUUUUUUUAAACUGUUGGGUAAGGAGGGAUUUGUCUUUACAUAUUUAAUCAGUCAGCUACCUGUUACUGUAACAAAGUACCUGAGGCAUUCAUUUCCUUUGGGAAAUAUUCAUUCAGUCCAUGGAUUUGCAAGUCCCAGCCUGUGCCUGAGCAGCCCCAUUGCUUUCUGCUCCUGGUAGAGUGAUGGAGAGCAGAGGCAGGCAUGCGAGGUAGACUAGAACUGCUCACACCACCAAUCAAGGAACAGAGAGGAAGACUGGGCAGUCCACAUCCCAAAUGCCCCUUUCCAGCAUAUCUCCUGGGUCUCCCCAACAAGGCCCUCUUCCCAAAGUUCCCACCAUCUAAUAGCACCACUCUGGAGCCAAGUUUUGAACAUGUGGACCUCUGGGGAACAUCCAGAAUCUAAAUUAUGGAUGAAUAUGUAUGUGUUUAAAAUGUAUAGAACCUAUAUCUUUUAAAAGAUAGUUCAUGUUUUUUUAACCACACCCCUGCCCCCCCACCCCGAGUUGUAAUCACUGGUAGAGUGGGGCUCCUUUCAGACCUGCCCUCUCUGUCAGAGGACAUGUCCAUAGCAUCUGGGGGAAAAAAGUGCUCCAACUCAGAUGUGCUACUCUAUCCUCUGGAUCAUUUUUCACAGAACAGUCACAGGGCCCUCUUCACACAGCAGAGUACAUAAAUCUUCAUCACUUUUAAUGACUCCGUGGUACUCCAUUCCAUACUGUAGUCUACUCAAUCAGCCCCGCACAGGGACUAGCAUCUCACUACUAAGCAUUGUAAUGAACCUGCUAAGCAUACAUCUUAGUGCACUUUUCCUGAUGAAGAAAAUUGUUGUAAAGACUGAAGAUGUUAGCGUUGAAGCAAGGGAUGAUUUUUUCAAUGUUUUUGAUGUGUGCUGCUAAGGAGCUGUGUGGAAAGGUUGAGAAGGUGAGGAUGUAGAUGCUUCCUAGCUCCCUGACCACUGGUGGGUUCUCUUUCUCUGUAACAUUUGCCCAUCUGAUAGAUGUUAGACUGGGUGUCUCUGGCAGUGGAGGUUCUCCUGGAGACAGCUGUGUCUGGAACCUUGCCCAGUUCUCAGGUCCUGUCCUGCUUCUCCUCUGAUGGUGCUUGCUUCUCUCCCAAGAGCCCGGCCUCCUCUUCAAAACCAAAAAGCUCCAUGUGAGAAUGAAGCACCUUUGAGCUGUUUUCUGUCCUGGACUGCAAACGUUCAGGCAGCACGGGCUGUAGAGCAAGACUGCCUCCAAACAAAACCACCAAAAUUAUUUUCUCCAGUUCUUUUUUGUAACUGCUACUCUAUCUCUUAAUUGAUUUAUCUUUAUUUACUGAUUUUUGAGACAUAAUUUUUAUGUUAGCAAUAUUAGGCUUACUUGUAAGCCUUAUGCUAGUAUGAGGGCCUUUACCAACUACAGUGGAGUUCUUCUUCGUCCUCUUUGCUAAUUUAAUUUUCAUCAGUAGUCACCAGUGUCUCUUUGUUAGAACAUGCAUGUGUCUCCCCAGUGAUCAGAACAUGCAUGUGUCUGUCUCCCCAGUGAUUAGAACAUGCAUGUGUCUGUCUCCCCAGUGGUUAGAACAUGCAUGUGUCUCCCCAGUGAUCAGAACAUGCAUGUAUCUCCCCAGUGAUUAGAACAUGCAUGUAUCUCUCCAGUGAUUAGAACAUGCAUGUGUCUGUCUCCCCAGUGGUUAGAACAUGCAUGUGUCUGUCUCCCCAGUGGUUAGAACAUGCAUGUAUCUCCCCAGUGAUUAGAACAUGCAUGUAUCUCCCCAGUGAUUAGAACAUGCAUGUGUCUGUCUCCCCAGUGAUUAGACAUGCAUGUGUCUGUCUCCCCAGUGAUUAGACAUGCAUGUGUCUGUCUCCCCGGUGAUUAGACAUGCAUGUGUCUGUCUCCCCGGUGUCCCUUACGAGUCCAUUUAUCUCUACUCUUAUUCCAUGUACUCAUCUCAAAUGAAACAGCUGGCCCGUAUUUAAGUGGAACUGUGGAAAGGCUCACCAGUUUUAACUCCAAAGGUGUCUCAGAAGGGAAAUAGGCUUCUAAGUGCUGGGUAUUUCUCACUGGUUCAGUGAAAGGUUAAAAGCAAGUCUGAACUUCCUGGCAAAUUGUUUAAUGGCAGCCAUUUUGGAGUGGCCUAAUCUAGUGCUCUGCCCCAGAAGAAGAGCCGGUUUCUGGUUCUGAUUGCCACUCUGCCUCACUUCCGCCUCUUAACAGUAUUUGCUGGAACUGCCGAAGAGUCGGCCCGACCUGGCAGCCGUUCCUUCUGUCAGCCUUGCAGAUGGAGGACUAUUUCCCCGGAAUCAUUUAAAAAUGAAUUGGAAGUAGCACCGUGCAUCAGUUAGUUCAAGUCUGAGGUGACAGGAACAUCUCUGUCACCCUAUUUCCUACUCCACUGCAGCAGCUCUAAUAGCCUAACUCCAACUGGAGGAGGCAUUUGAUGUAAAUGCGGAAGAGCAAUUUGGUGACAGAGGGUCUGGAUCACAUGGUCUUGCUCAGUUUAAAGUGGGAGAUAAUGACUUGGACUUUUUAAGCGUAGGGAGGAAUCUGCUCUUUGGGCACAUUUCCAAAAUACUUCUAAAAAAAAAAAACCACCAUUUUCUUUUUAUAAGUAAAGUUGGGCCUCAGAGCAUUUUAUACAGUGGGAAUGUGCACAAUUAAUGGGAGAGAUAAGUGGUGCUGUGAGAGCCUUGGUGUUCAGAGGCCUGACACCCACCGGCUUAGGCACCUCAGCAUUCCUCCUACAUGUAUCACACAGGACGGAGGGGAUCCUUGACCUCACUUGUUUGGGGUUCUGUGUUUCCUCUGUCCUGAUCACUGAGCUAAUUGGGUGUAUUUCUCAUUUGAGAAGGUAAGGAUGCAUAUGUUUCCUAGCUCCCUGGCCCCUGGUGGCUUCUCUUUCUCUGUAACAUUUGCCCAUCUGAUAGAUGUGUCUGACAGUGGAGAUUCUCCUAGAGAUGGCUGUGUCUGGAAUCUUGCAGUUCUCCAGGUCCUGUCCUGAAGUAGAAAAUGAAGUAGUCUCUCAGAUUGAAUUUUCCUAACUAAAAGAUUUUCAGAAUACUUAAAAAAAAACAAAAAAACUCGUGUGUGUGUGUGUGUGUGUGUGUGUGUGUGUGUGUGUGUGUGUCCAAAGGUCAGUGUUAGAAAUCUUCAAUCACUCUCCAUCUUUUCUUGUUUUUUGAAUCAGGGUCUCUCAUUCGGCCGGAAGUUUACUAAUUUGGCUAGACUGGCCGGAAGACCACCGAUACCGUCCCCAGGCCUGGGACUUGAGGUGCACCCUACCGCACCAGCUUUUUACCUGGGUGCUAGGACCAAACUGAGCUCCUCAUGUUUGUGCAGCACACACUUGACUGACCGGGCCAUUUCUUAUUUAGCUGUUUGUAUGCUAAGCUUGGUGACAUUACACAUUGCUAUAAUCCCAGAACGUGAGUCUCUAGUUUUAAGGCCAGCCUGAGCUAAUUUUUCAUGUGCUGUGUAGUUUUUCAUUCUGUGACUUGGGCUGCACUGACAACCUUCUCUUGAUGGUUGAUGUCACUUAUUGUUUGCACUGUUAAAAGGUUCUGGCUUUUAUUGUUUCCUCCUCCUUCUCUUGGUUCUAGCUUGGCUCUUACUGGCAGUUCUGUUCGUGUCUGCAUGGUACAGCUGUACUCAAUACACAGUGGUGCUUACAGCCCUGUCCUCGGCCUUCAUCUUUUCUUCUUCAGGUUCUGGCACUGGGUGACCUUACUCCCACCCUGUGCUUCAGGCUCAGGGACCCACUGGACUCAGAUACACUGUAGGAACCAUGUGUGCUUCCUCCCCACUGACCUGUCAUUCAUUCCCAACCUGCACCCUACAUGUCAGUCACACUCCCUCUGAAUGGCAGCAUCCACAGAGCUGCCCGGAAGGAAAGCCAGAUUGCCUUUCAUAAUUACAUCUCACCAUGUUUUACCGUUCCCCAAAUCUUACCUGUCCUCCACUGCACAGCCAUUUCCUGUGGGCUACGUCUUCCCAUAGGAGAGUCACAAUGGCUUCUGCUCUCUUUCCCUGCUGCAGCCUUGUGCUACAGGAUGCUUGAGCUUUCUGCCUGUGUCUGGACCACAUUACCAGGGACGAACUAGCCCUGUUGCUGCUGAAGACCUGACCCAGCUGUUUGGGCAGUAAGUGACCGAUGCCACCAGGUCAUCUGCCCAAAGACUAUCACCAGGGUCCCUGGCCUUCGCUGGUCCUCUUUCUGCUGUAGCAUACAGAAAUGCUCCACCUCUGAAAUCCCCUCUUCUGAUAGUCCUUACUCUCCUCAGGAUGGAAGCUCACUUGUCUGCAUCUCCAAUAGAACUGUUUCUCCAGAAAGUUGCCUGUGAUUACUGUCUCCAGUCCCCCACACCUGUGACACAACUGAGCUUCUUUUCCGAGGAACAGCCCUCUGGCUUGUCUCUGCUGUCAGAGUGACCGACGGCUUCUCACCCAGAUCUUCCGAGCUGUCUCCCCUUACUUGCUUAGCUCUCCCAUUUAGACUCUGGCAUUUAAAUCAAUCUCUCCAUCGAGUGAUUUCCAGACACAUAACUCCAGCCCUUCAGACUUGCCUCCAAGAUGCAUGCUGACCAUCUUCACCCUCUUGUCUCAUAAUGUGUUUGGUGACAACACACACCAGCCAGGACCCUUGAUUCUCUCGUGUUCUUCCCUGAUCUUCCCCAUCAAGGAGACGCCUUCCUCAUCUCAUCCCCAGUGCAAGUCUAAAGCCCAGGGGGAUGGCUCUUCUAACCCAAGAGCCGUCCUGCUCGACAGCCCCACGGCCGCGCCCCACGGCCGAGCCCUACCACGCCUCGGCCGCGCCCCACGGCCGCGCCCCACCACGCCUCGUAGCCUGCGCUCAUCUUUGGCUUGCACAUGGAGUUUCCUGUCUAGUCUCCCAGCCUCACCUUCAUUUCCCCGAGAUUGUUUUUCCCACGUGGCAGCCAGAGAUAUUUUUAAAAUGUAAGUCGGAUGGAUGAUGCUUCGUUUUAACCUUUUUAUGGCUUCCUGUUACAAGGUCUACUUGAUGGAGCCCCACUCACUCCCUGACCACAUCCAGUCCCACCGCGGUCGCCCGCCCGCCUGCCCGCCCCCACCUGCUGCUCUUCAGUGCGUCUUCGGUGCAGUAGCGCGGCCUUCUUACCUUGUCCCUCUCCACCCUUGUCCUCAGGAACGUUUCCAUGACCCCGUACACAGGAAUAUACAAUAGUAUACAAAUCAGACACUAGUAAUAAUAAAGCCCGUUCCUUUUAGCGGUUAAUCUGAAUCAUUCUUUCACACUGACUCGGCAGUUAUGAAUAUGAUAAUACAAAUAUGUGAUUUGGAGAAUUUAUCAGAAGAGUGGCCGGUUCAUUGUUCAGGAUUUAAUCCUUAAACAGAGUCCUCUGAGUGCUUUUUGGGUGGAUCUUCUACCUAUACCUGUGUUCUACUUGGAAAGCAACUUUAAAAACUAGUUUUCAUGUUAGGUUUUCAAAUCACAAACUUCCCUUGUGUCCUACAGGGAGCACCUCCUUGCUUGUGUCCUACAGGGAGCACUCUCCUAGCUUGUGUCCUACAGGGAGCACCUCCUUGCUUGUGUCCUACAGGGAGCACUCUCCUAGCUUGUGUCCUACAGGGAGCACCUCCUUGCUUGUGUCCUACAGGGAGCACUCUCCUAGCUUGUGUUCUACAGGGAGCACCUCCUUGCUUGUGUUCUACAGGGAGCACCCUCCUUGCUUGUGUUCUACAGGGAGCACUCUCCUAGCUUGUGUUCUACAGGGAGCACCUCCUUGCUUGUGUUCUACAGGGAGCACCCUCCUUGCUUGUGUUCUACAGGGAGCACUCUCCUAGCUUGUGUUCUACAGGGAGCACUCUCCUAGCUUAUCUACAGGGAGCACCCUCCUUGCUUGUGUUCUACAGGGAGCACUCUCCUAGCUUAUCUACAGGGAGCACCCUCCUUGCUUGUGUUCUACAGGGAGCACCCUCCUAGCUUGUGUUCUACAGGGAGCACCCUCCUUGCUUGUGUUCUACAGGGAGCACUCUCCUAGCUUGUGUUCUACAGGGAGCACCCUCCUUGCUUGUGUCCUACAGGGAGCACCUCCUUGCCGGAGUGGCCGUGCAGCCACCUCCAGGUUAGCUGUGGUGCUGGCCCUGCCGUUUGAGCAUCCCUUUGUUCCUUAUCGAGGAUCUCCUCUGCUGGUUAUUGUCGCGUUCCCAGAUGUUAGGGUUCUGAAGGAUUAAAACCCUCUCCGCCACCACACUCUGGUCCGCCGCACUUCCAGCACUGUGGGUGCUGCUGCUGCUGCCUUGAGUUAGUGUGGCGAAAGCUUGAGAAAGGCCUAGCUGAGAAAAUAGUUACGACAUCCCUUAGCCAACCCAUAGCUUUCUUUGGAAUUUCUUCAUUAGCCUUCCAGACAGGACCUAAGGGGCCUCACCUACCCACCUCUGCCCUGAGAAUUCCAGCACCAGGAAGGCCUGGCCUUCUCUGCCACUCACCUCAGCCCUCCAGCUAUCCUAACUCAGGUCUGGGGUUACUUAUUGGCCCUUCUCCUCCAUAAGCACCUACUGGGUCCCUGUCCCUGUGCCCAGAUAUGUUCUAGAGGACACGAGUGCUGAUAAAUGGGGUGACCGCUCUCUGGCACAUCUGGACUGUUUUACACUUAACUGUUUGUAACAGAUCCCAUAAUGGGCUACAGAGCACAGUGGGGACUAGUUUUGCCUAGAGGGUUGACGGAGAUCUGCAAUCGGAUGGCAUGGACUGGACUCCUAAGAAAGAGAAAGAAGAGAAAGCUGCAAGGCUAGCAGUGGUAGGGAGUCCAGGUGGAGUGAAUAUCCAAUGACUUGGGGCAGUUGUCAUCAGUCCAGAUGAGUGGUUCUCAACCCAUGGGUCACGACCCCUUUGGGGUCACAUGUAUCAUAACCUGCAUAUCAGAUAUUUACAUUAGGAUACAUAAUAGUAGCAAAAUUAUAAUUAUAAAGUAGCAAUGAAAUCAUUUUAUGGCCGGGCGGUGGUGGCACACGCCUUUAAUCCCAGCACUCGGGAGGCAGAGCCAGGCGGAUCUCUGUGAGUUCAAGGCCAGCCUGGGCUACCAAGUGAGUUCCAGGAAAGGCGCAAAGCUACACAGAGAAACCCUGUCUUGAAAAACCAAAAAAAAAAAAAAAAAGAAAUCAUUUUAUGGUUGGGGGGUCACCACAACAUGAAGAACUGUAUUAAAGGGUCAGCAUUGGGAAGGUUAGAACUACUGCUCUAGAUACUUGCUGGUGGUCCUGAGUUCCAGCUUCCUCUCUCUUAAGUGAUGUAACAAAAAACAUCCUGCCUCAACUGUAAUAUUACAUUACUUUUUUGUUUUUUUUUUUCAGGACAGGUUUUCUCUGUGUAGCUUUGGAGCCUGUCCUGGAACUCACUCUGUAGACCAGGCUGGCCUCAAACUCAGAGAGAUCCGCCUGCCUCUGCCUCCCGAGUGCUGGGAUUACAAGCAUUCACCACUGCCCAGCUUCAUUUUUAAUAGCUAAUUUGAAUUGGGUCUUCAGUUGAAAGGAAUAAUGAUUCACAUAGGAUAGAAAGCCAUUGGGAGUUGUCUGGCUGUGUUUGACUUUGCACACCCUUGAGUAUCCCUCCGUCUUCUCAGAAGGUGAUGAACAUCUGCCUGUCUUUAUGCUUGCCUUCUUAAGACUUACAUAAAUAAAAAACUGCUUUGGGGGAUUCUUUAUUUUGGAAUGUUGUCGUUUUUCCCUCUCACAGUUGAUUUAGUUGUGACUGAGGGGAAAGACUGAAGCGCCGGCUGCCAUCAAGAUUGUAUUUCUGAAGAGGCUCAAUUUCUGGAAAGAAAAUAACUGUCGAUAGACGCUGUCCAGCUAAGAGCCUUUAUGUCCUUGAAUCUCAAACUCAAGAGCACUCAUCCUGGAAAACAACUUGACUGGUCAAAGGAAUCAUUACAGAAAGAAGGUGGAAACAGUUGUCAGGCUAAAUAUUUCCAGUCAAAAGUGGGCUGAAAGAAAUUACAGCUAUCAGUGAUAGUUUAUGGACCAUUUUAAAGGGGCCUCCUAAAAUGGUGGCCACCAUUUAAUAAAGAUGGCUGUUUUUUAAAUUCCAGUUUUUAAUUUGACAGCUUGCUGCCAUAAAUCUGAUUGCCAGUGUGCAGAGAAUCCAUCUGUCUGUCUUAGACUGUUGUGUCCCAGUGGCUCUGCUUCCUCUAGGAAGCCCUCUUGGCUUGGAAACAUGGAAACACCAUCAGCAAGUCACAGACUGAGGAGCUCCACUGACUCCCACUUCCCAGCUCCUCCGCCGGGCACCUGCUUUCCUGCACUGCAUCCAGAGAGGCACUCUUUGAGACUGACUAUAAAAUAUUAAUUUUGCCAGGGCUCAGUGUCCUAAAAUUAAAAAAGUGCCGAUGAUGAAAGGGACCCUCAUUCUGGGGGAGCAUAUUGCUGUAUCCCAAGAGGAAGUGCUCUGAGCGUUCACCACAUGGUCAGAAUUGAUUGGUGGCAAGAAAAUGCCAUUGUAUUUACUGGGCAUUUGUAGUUUAUUAGGUUUGUCAUAAAAUGUAAUGUUUGCAUCUCCUCGGAGAUUGGAAAUUAGUUCACAAGACUGUCCAGAAAAACACAGAAGAGAUAUACCAAUGCCAGGUUUGCAAAGUAAUUGCAUUUCACUACUUUAGUCAAUAAUCUAAUUUAUACAUUGGCUAAAAGUUAAUCUGCCGUUCUAAGGUCAUUUCAAAGACACCUUCAUUUUAGUGGAGGGCUACAGGGCCAUCUUUCUCCUGAAGAAACUGCAGGGCUUGGGAAAGAUUUUGGUUUUGGUUUUUGUUGCUUGUUUUUUUUUUUUUUAAAAUCUGUUUAUGUGAGUGUGUGUGUGCCUGAGUGAGUUUAUAUUCGCCAAGUGGACUAGGUGCCCACAGAGGCAGGUGUCCCUGCAACUGGAGUUUAAGGCAGUUAAGCCACCUGGUGUGGGUAUGGAGACCCCAACCUGGGUCCUCUGCAGGAGCAUUGUGUGCUCUUCACCACCGAGUUCUUUUUUGUGCUUUUUCAUUUGUCCUCAAUCACGGGCUCUCCUUUGGCAGGAGAAUGAAGGAGCAUGCUCUUGCGGUCCGGCUUCUACUGCUAACACUCCUGCCCCUCCCUCUUGCCGCCGUGUCCAGGAGUGCACCAUGGUUAGGAUACAGGCUAACCAUGUAUGUAAUCCCUAAACAAGAGGUCCUCCAGCUGGAUACGCUGAACAAGGAGCCUGUUUAUCCCGCCAUGCUGUCUCUUGGUAGACAGCACAGCCACCUUUGUUGUGGCUCAAGGUUGUUGCCAGAACCAUUUUGAUAUACGCACUAAGAUCAGAAAACAAUUAAUUCCAGGGGUCUGGGUUGGGUGUUAUACAUCAACAUUAAAGAAUAUGGGUUGUAGAACUAACUCCAGUAUUUCCUUGCUGGGGUGAAAGCCCUUUUUAAGCCUCGGUGCAGACUUGCAGUUGCUGGAGCCGGAAGACCCAGCCUGCGCUGAACCCACGCGCAGCCGCAGUGGGAGGAGGGGCUGCGCCUGUCCUGCGUGGCGACCGACCGUUGGGCCUCAACUGUCUUCCUCACCCGGUUCACUUCCUCCACCCGAGUGAGCCGCCAUGGCCUGGGCUGCGGGCAUCCUGCGAGCCAGCAAAAGAGUGGGUGCAGCCAGAGUGGAUUUCAGGGACCAGGGCAUAACUCUGUGGCCCAGUCGGGUGCUGGGUGCCCCCCUCAACCGGGCCUGGUGGAACGCCACUCCCACGUCUACCAUGUCGACCGUGAAGGGUAAACUUAUCAAGCACAUCAGCUCCGAAGAGCCCGUUCUCCACAACAAGGUCUCCAUUAUAGGAACUGGAUCAGUCGGAAUGGCCUGUGCCAUCAGCAUUAUAGCAAAAGGCCUGGCCGAUGAGCUUGCCCUUGUUGACAGUGAUGAAGCAAAAAUGAAGGGCGAGACGAUGGAUCUCCAGCAUGGCAGUGUCUUCAUGAGAAUGCCAAAGAUUGUCUGCAGCAAAGAUUUCCAUGUCACUGCCAACUCUGAGGUAGUUAUUGUCACAGCAGGUGCACGCCAGGCCAAAGACGAAACGCGCCUGAAUUUAGUCCAGCGAAACGUGUCCAUCUUUAAGGUGAUGAUUGCCAAUAUUGUCAAGCAUAGCCCCCACUGCAAACUGAUUAUUGUUUCCAAUCCAGUGGAUAUCUUAACAUACGUAACCUGGAAACUGAGCGGGUUUCCCAAAAACCGUAUUAUUGGAAGUGGUUGUAACCUUGACACUGCUCGCUUCCGUUUCAUGCUUGGGGAGAGGCUUGGCAUCCACUCUGAAAGCUGCCACGGGUGGGUCCUUGGAGAGCAUGGAGACUCAAGUGUCCCCGUGUGGAGUGGAGUGAACAUCGCCGGUGUGCCUCUGAAAGAGCUGAAUUCAGAGCUAGGAACUAGCAAAGACCCCGAGCAGUGGGGAAAUGUCCACAAAGAUGUGAUUGCCAGUGCCUAUAAAAUUAUCAAAAUGAAAGGCUAUACUUCCUGGGCCAUUGGCCUGUCUGUAGCUGAUAUUGCAGAAAGCAUUCUGAGGAACCUCAGGAAAACGCAUCCAGUUUCCACCAAUGUUAAAGGUUUAUACGGAAUCAAAGAAGAGGUGUUUCUCAGUGUGCCUUGUAUCAUGGGGGAAAACGGCAUCUCAGAUAUUAUAAAAGUAAAGUUGAGCUCUGCAGAGGAGGCCCAGAUGGUAAAGAGUGCAGAUACGCUUUGGAAAAUUCAGAAAGAUAUCAAGUUUUAAGCCAUCCUUCUAAAGAUACCAAAGACAAAGAUGCAGUAUAUGCCGAUGUGGGGUGAACUGGGGGUUCUGAAAGUUGGAGGUCUCCUUUGUGGUCUCCUGUUGUGUGGCAUCCAGCUGCGGGGUGACUUUACCUUUUCAGUUUCCGAGUGACUGCAUUAAAGGUAUUUUUGUUGUUUGGA